AUGUUAUGGUACCCUCUGACCCCAUCGCCUCGGCGUUUGGCCACAAACCCGAGGACCCUUCCAGAGCUCAACGGUGACGACCCACUUCUCUCAGGCUACCCUGAGCCCUGGGGACAAUGUGGAGGCUUGUGUUUAUUUGAUACUGUUGUUGUUGUUGUUGCUGCUGUUGUUGUUUUUGUUGGUAUUGGCAUUGCUGCUGAUGCUGCUGAUAGUAGUAUCGAUAGUGGUAUUUUUUUUCCCCCAUUCGUCAAAUUCUUGUUGCUUUCAUUAUCGCCGACAUCGUUGCUAAGUUUGAUGUUGUUAUUGAUGCUAAUAGUGGUUCUGCUACUGUAG